AUGAUAACCGUGAACGAUUACGAAGAGCACAAAUCGAAACUUGUUCGCCAUUGUCCAGAGCUGGUUCCGCUUUUUACGGUGCUGCACGACAAAGCAAACACUCAGAAAAUGACCACCAAUCAAGCAGAACUUGAUAACCUCAUUGAAAAUGGUUGGCGCGAGAUUGAGAAAGUUGGUUAUUGUGUUAAUGGGAAGAAAUGCGGAGCAACAAAAGCUCUGAGGGAACUACGAGAAACGGCCGAAUUAGGAGAUAUCAUUUACACCACAACUGAUGAUGAGUUCAAUUCUCUCAAUAAUAAAGGAUCAUUUCAAGGCUCAGGGACAACCAUAUGCUACGUCUGGUAG